AUGGCCAGUAAUGAAGAGUCUGAUAUCAAUCACCGUAGUUUCUUGCGCUGGGCAUUGUCUAAUGGCAUUCAAAUGAACGGUGUCGCUCCCACCAUAUUUCCUGGACGCGGUAUGGGAAUGAUCGCAACCCGAACCAUAGAGGUCAAUGAGAUCAUGCUCACGGUUCCUCUGUCAACAAUGCUCAACAUUGACUGCGUUCCUAGAGAGUUUGUCGAUCGCUUUCCGCACAAAACAUACAUCCAGACAAUCCUCGCCGCUUUUAUGACACAUGGAGAUGCGAGCUUACUUGAUCAUUGGGCUCUCUGGCGCAAGACAUGGCCUUCUCGACAAGAAUUGCAAGAGUCUUUACCAGUACUGUGGUGUGAAUGUCCGGAGACUCACAACUUAGGGCAUACUACUCUACCCCCUUCCGCAUCUGGACAAUGGAAUCUGCUUUCCUCUCCGCCAGGUGGUGGUAAAGUUGAGGGUAGGUACCACAACAUCCUGAUGAAACAGCAAAAACGGCUUCAGAGUGCUUGGGAAACUAUUUUAUCCGUGUUCCCUACCACGGAUUGGAAUAUUUUCUCACACCAUUGGUUUAUUCUGAAUACGCGAAGCUUUUACUAUGCCAGUCCUGGCAAAAAGCCUCCCGAUGACUGGAAUGAUGCCAUAGGUUUGGUGCCUUUUGCAGACUACUUUAAUCAUGCCGACAAAGCGCCAUGCGAGGUUGUUUUCGACGGAGAAACGUCUAGAAUUACGGCCACCGCUCGUCUUGAGAAAGGAGUCGAGGUGUUUACGAACUAUGGAGAACAUCCCAAUGAUUAUCUUUUCGUGAAAUACGGCUUCUUCUUGGAUCAAAAUGGAAGCGACGCCGUUUAUUUGGAUGACAUCAUAUCCCAAGACCUCACAAUUGACGACAAGGAAGCUUUGCGCACACAUGGAUACGAUGGUCACUAUGAGAUAAACUCAUCUGGACCCAGCCUUGAUGUUAAAGACGUCGCUUGUUUCAAAUGCAUGAAAUAUGAUGACUGGAAAUUCUAUGUCUUUGGUCCAUCGUCGGUUCCUGCCCCCGACGAAGCAACAAAGUUGGUCCACAAAUGGGUCAAAGUCUACUGGGAAGAAUGCAUAUUGGCAAUCAAGGGACUAGAGGGGAAGACUGGACUCAAAGAAGUGGUUGGGUCUUCAGAGAACCCAUGGCCAAAUCUGAAAGACCAAAAGAUUGCUACACUGCUACGAAGAUGGAUUCAAGUCAGAGAUCUUUCCUCUCCUGCAUGGAAAAUCGACACAUUGGAUUCAAUUCCAUUCAUGGAUGGUGUCUAUCACAUUGGUCUUGGAUAUAAUCGAUAUAAUCACAAAGCGACGGUCUCGUGA